AUGUUUGUGAUUUACAAAGGAUUGGACCAGGGCAUGGGCACCAAAGGAAAGAAGCUGGUGACCAGGGGCCUGGGUGGUGGAGGCAGACACCUGCUUUCAGCUUUAGCUUUCUCUGAGUGCUGUGAGAUCUUGGGUCAGUCACUCUCUGUGCCUCGGUUUCCUCAUCUGCCCAAAGAAGGGCCGGACACGGAGCAGUGGAACUGGGUCUGGGGUUCCGCGGACUCCAGCCCCCGGGCCUCGGAGCCUCCGGGUUCCGGGCCCCCACGGGCGAGGGCCCUCGGCCAGCCGGGAUUCUUGGGGCCGCGCCAGGGGAGGCUGCAGGAGGAGGCCGGAGCUAGGGAGGGAGCCGGGACGCGCACAGACAGAGAUAACGCAGCGCAGGGGAGGGACGGGGAGAAGCAGCCGGCCUGGGGAGGAACCAGAGGCGGCCCGGGUUGGGGAGGACGCGGGCGAUGCCGAGAGGAGGGCCGGCGCCGGCGGGGAGGACGGCCCCCGGCUCGGGCCCCCGCUGAUGCCCCCGGGGCCAGCCUCGCCAGCCGCGCGGACCGAAGCCGCCACUGCCGCCCGCCCCCGGAGCCCAGCCUUCUUUCCAGCUUGGAGCGGGCCCGGAGCCCUGCCCCUCUCCAAGAUGGGGGUCCCCGGGGGCCUCCCCGGUGCGCGCAGGGUCCUGCCCACCCCCUCUGGAGGGGGUUCGCGUGUCCCCCCACACUGAAGCCAGCGGCUAGGGGCCCGGGGGAGCGCUCCUUCCUGGGUCUCGGCCUCGCCCUCCGCGGAGACUCGGGGCGCCCGGAGAGGACGCGCAGGGGCCCCCGCCGGAGGGCUCCGCGCUCCGGGACGACCACAGCUGUCCUCCCCAGCUGCCGGCUCCUGCUGCUCCCCCCCGGCUGCCGGCUCCUGCUGCUCCUUCUGGGGCUGCUGGCAGCCGCCUCCUGUGUCGGCUCGGAGGAGUCGGAGAGAGACGCCGGGGGCCGGGGGCCCGAGAGGCGGCCUCCGGGGAACGCCCUUCCCAUGGAGCGGAGGCUGAGCGGCGGCCCCCUCCCGUCCUCCAACGACCUGGAAGCCCCCGCCACCGAGAAGCCCCAAAGCAUCAACCCCAGGGACGCCUGGAUGCUCUUCGUCAGACAGUCCAACAAAGGGGUCAACGGCAAAAAGAAGAACACGGGGAAAUCCAGGAAGUACAAGCUGGGGCUCCCAGGGCCGCCCGGACCCCCCGGCCCUCAGGGCCCCCCGGGGCCUCUCAUCUCGCCAGAGGAUCUGUGGAAGGAGUUCCAAGCGCUGCUGAAAGGGGCGCUGAGGCACCGGGACAGGGCGGGCCCGAGGCCCUGCGAGGCCUGCGGCGAGGCCGAGGAGGAGGAGAAGGCCGAGGCCGCGGCCGACGAGGAGGACGUGCUGGCCCUGGUGGCGGGGCCCCUGCUGGAGAGCCGGAGACCUCAGCGAGUGGAGGCCGCCUUCCACUGCCGGGUGCGGAGGAACACGUCCGUCGAGCGCCGGUCCCUGCAGGAGCUGCAGCUCUACCACCUGCCCGGAAAGGAGGGGUCGUUCCAGCGCGGGCCGGGGCUGAACCUCACCAGCGGCCAGUACACGGCGCCCAUCACGGGCUUCUACACCUUCGCCGCGACCCUGUACGUGGGUAAGAGCCUGGGCCGGGACGAGGCUGGGGUCGGAGCCGGGGGGCGGCUGAGCCCGGGUGUAAAUGGGGCCAGAACAAAGCCCCGGGGACUCACCGGCGAGUCCGAGAAAGAUCAGGGGCGAGGCCGAGUCCCAGGCCGAGGCUCCCUGUGCCGGGCCGAGGCUCUGAGGCUCCCUGUGCCGGGCCGAGGCUCCCUGUGCCGGGCCGAGGCUCCCUGUGCCGGGCCGAGGCUGAGGCUCCCAGGCUCCCUGUGCCGGGCCAAGGCUCCCUGUGCCAGGCUGAGGCUCCCAGGCUCCCUGUGCCGGGCCAAGGCUCCUUGUGCCAGGCUGAGGCUCCCAGGCUCCCUGUGCCGGGCCGAGGCUCUGAGGCUCCCUGGGCCGGGCCGAGCCCACGCUCGGCCCGCCGGCUCUCUGCCCCUCCUCACCGCCCCUUUGCGUCUCCCCCUGCAGGCCGGCCAGUAUGUCUCGGUCUUCGUAGACAACGCGAGCGGGUCGUCUCUCACCGUCCGCGGCGGCUCGGACUUCAGCGCCGUUUUCUUGGGGCUGUGAGUCUCCGCCCCCUUUCUGAGCUCUGAGGCUCCCUGGGUGAGCCCCGGCGGCCCCGCCUCUGGCCCCGUGAGGCCCUUUCCGAGAUGGCCGCGGGGGCUCGGUCGGAGGCUUCAGAGACGGUGAAGUGACCGAACUACAAGGAUUUUCCCCUAAAAAAAACAAGGCCGCGCUCAUCCCGGAAAAUGACUUCUGACCCCGGCAGCCGCCUCGGGGCACCACCUGCUGGCCGGCCACGGGCCUUCGGGCUGCGCUUUCCCCCAGCUCCGUCCCCUCGAGGUCUGGGCCCGUGGGGGGGAGGGGCGGCUCGGGGCCGUUUGUUUUCCAGCUGCGGCCCGGGCUCCUCCAGCUGAGGUCGGUCCCGUCCCAGGUACUGUCCCUCCCUCCGAGCUGGACGGCAGCAGGGACGCGAGGCUGGGCCAGCGGACGGGGCCCGAGGAGCCAGGUCUCCAAGCUGGGAGGUGGGCUGCAGCGUCCCCGGGGGGCUCUAUGUCUCACACUGCCCCAGGCAUUGCAGACAGAGGUCCCAGGUGGCUCGGCUCCGGACCCGGGACACGGCGCCCCCGGUGGCUCCCUCGGCCCUCGCAGCGCCCACGGCUCCCGGCUGGGGAGGGUCCCGUGUCCGAGCCUGCUGGGCGUGACCCCUCCUGGGGGACCCCGACAAAGGCUGAUGUUUGGCAGUUCUCAAAUGCUCGGGCAACUGCAGCGAACCCCAAGGCUCCAGAGACCCCGAUUUCUCAGUAAAACUUGCGCCCGCCCUACCUGGAAACGGAGAAAGGCUCCUCCUGAUAAGGGCGCGGCAGCCGAGCCCUUCCCGGGACGGGAUCUUCCAAGAAGCGUGGCCGAGCCCGCGGGCACCUGCCUUGGGCAUCCCCACCCCCCGGGCACCUGCCGGUUAGCGACACCCGCCCGAGUGCCCGAGAGCGCAGAGUGGGGGAGCGGGGACCCCGAGGACACCGGCGGGACACGGCGCGCUGACCGGGAUGCUGGGCCUGGCCAGGCCCCUCUCCCCCUGCCCCCGGGGGAGGACGGUGGGGUCCGGCCCGUCUGGGAUGGAUUUCUUCUGCACAAAACCAUGAGUUAAAUAAACGCCGCGCGGCUCCCCCCGA